AUGAAGAGAAAUUUAAAAAAUUGGGACGAAUGGGAUGAUAAUAAUCAUGCAGCUAGGUUAACAAUCAAGCAAGGUAUGGCUGUGGACACGAAAGGAUUAAAGGCGCGAUCUCUUAACGAGCUAUCUAUUAUCAAAGUGUUGAAAGAAGAGACCGUUGAAACGUUCUUGAACAGGACAGAAGCUUUAAAGAACCAAUGUAUCCAACUGGGAAAGAAAGUUGAAGACUAUGAAUUUAAAAUGUAUGUAUUACGAGGACUUCGACCCGAGUAUGACCCAAACGUGAGGGAAGAAAUAAGAAGAGCAAAGAGGAAAGAAGAAAAAACUAAUAAAGAAUACGGAACAGUGAGGAAAGUGAAAGAGGGAAAUAGAACAGACAGCAAUUGCUACAACUGCGUGAUCAAAGGACACAUAGCAGCUGAUUCUAAUCGAAGUGAAAAAUGCUUCAACUGUGAGGGAUUCAAUUACAUAGCGGCGAAUUGUCGCGAACGUAAGAAAAACGCAACACCAAUGAGAAGAGGGACAGGAGGAAGUUUCUAUGGUGGUUAUUGUGCAGGAAAUGUGAGACAAUAUCGUGGAAGAGAAGAUUCCUCGUUAAACACUCGUGAAGAAGCAGUAAUGAGAGUAAGCGAAAUUUCAAAGAGAGACAAACUAUACGAGGCUUCUAGCAAUAAUAAUUUAAAAUUAAAAAAUGAAUUGUACGUACCAGAAUUGAAUUCCAAUUUAAUUUCAGUAGCGAAGAUAACUCACCAUGGCUACGAUGUAAAUUUCAAUACGUAUGGAGCGAUAGUAUACAACAAAUUAGGUGGAAUUCAAAUGACCGCGGUAAGAAAACAAGAUGUGUACUACGUGAGGACAUCUAUAAACCUUGAGAGGACUGUGGCGGUGUCAACGGUAAAUGAGGUACAGCACAAACGAUUAGGAUAUGCAAAUAAAGAAAUUGUAGAAGAAAUGAGAAGAAAAAGUCUGGCAUUAGGGAUGGAUAGUUCAUGGAUAAAGGUAUGCGAACCAUGUGUACAAGGAAAAGCACGUAAAAAGCCGCAUCCGCGACAAAAUGCUAUAAGGACAAAACGUAUUUUAGAACUGUGGCAUACAGAUUAG